AUGGGUGAGAUUUACAUGCUCUCCGUGUUCAAUGAGACGGACAAGUUUUGCAGUGUUCUCAGUUUGGAUGGGUUGCCAGAUCCCCAGAGAACCCAUGUUAUGUGGGGCGUCAGUAAGGACUUUGCUAUGGCAGGAAUGCGAGUUGGCAUGGUCUACUCGGAGAAUGGAGAUUUGGUGCAGGCCCUGGAUCAGCUGGGCUGCUUCCACGGAGUCCCAGGACCCACACAGUACCAGAUGGCCCAGCUUCUCAGAGACAGAG